AGCCGCCUUUUCAGCAUGCGGGGGCUGCUCAGGUAAGGGGGACGUUCCGCGUCGCCCGCCGCACUCCUUCAUUAAGUGGCACCAGGAGGUGGCGCGGGGGUGGGCGUGCUUCUUCGGGCCCGGUGCUGGGUUAGCGGCGCGCCCUCCCGCUGCCUCCCCGGAGCUCCGGGGCCAGUAGAGUUUAAUCGGUCAAGAAAUAGAACAGAAUUCAGCUAUGGCCCCGAGGAAGAGAGGUGGACGGGGGAUUUCAUUCAUCUUCUGCUGUUUCCGAAAUAAUGAUCACCCAGAAAUCACGUAUCGGCUGCGAAAUGAUAGCAACUUUGCGCUUCAGACCAUGGAGCCAGCAUUACCCAUGCCCCCUGUGGAGGAGCUGGACGUCAUGUUCAGUGAACUUGUGGAUGAACUUGACCUCACAGACAAACACAGGGAAGCCAUGUUUGCACUUCCAGCAGAGAAAAAAUGGCAAAUAUACUGUAGCAAGAAAAAGGACCAGGAAGAAAACAAGGGAGCAACAAGUUGGCCUGAAUUCUACAUUGAUCAGCUCAAUUCCAUGGCUGCUAGAAAAUCUCUGCUGGCUUUAGAGAAAGAAGAGGAAGAAGAGAGAAGUAAAACUAUAGAGAGUUUGAAGACAGCACUAAGGACGAAACCAAUGAGGUUUGUAACCCGAUUCAUUGACUUGGACGGCCUGUCAUGUAUUCUCAACUUUCUAAAGACCAUGGACUACGAGACCUCAGAGUCUCGAAUACAUACCUCUCUCAUUGGAUGUAUAAAGGCGCUAAUGAACAACUCUCAAGGUCGGGCUCACGUCCUGGCUCAUUCUGAGAGUAUUAAUGUAAUUGCUCAGAGUCUGAGCACAGAGAACAUUAAGACGAAGGUGGCUGUGCUGGAAAUCUUGGGCGCUGUGUGCCUGGUUCCCGGGGGCCACAAGAAGGUUCUGCAGGCCAUGCUGCACUACCAGAAGUACGCCAGCGAGAGAACCCGCUUUCAGACAUUAAUUAAUGACUUGGAUAAAAGCACGGGGCGGUAUCGAGAUGAAGUGAGUCUCAAGACUGCCAUCAUGUCCUUCAUCAAUGCAGUGCUAAGCCAAGGCGCAGGAGUGGAAAGUUUGGACUUUAGACUUCAUCUUCGCUAUGAAUUUCUGAUGUUGGGAAUUCAACCUGUAAUAGAUAAAUUAAGGGAACAUGAAAAUUCAACAUUAGAUAGGCAUUUAGAUUUUUUUGAAAUGCUCCGAAAUGAAGAUGAACUAGAAUUUGCCAAAAGAUUUGAACUGGUUCACAUAGACACAAAAAGUGCUACUCAGAUGUUUGAGCUGACCAGGAAGAGGCUGACCCACAGUGAAGCUUACCCUCACUUCAUGUCCAUCCUGCACCACUGCCUCCAAAUGCCUUACAAGAGAAGUGGCAACACCGUUCAGUACUGGCUACUCCUAGAUAGAAUUAUACAGCAAAUAGUUAUCCAGAAUGACAAAGGUCAGGACCCUGACUCCACGCCCUUGGAAAACUUUAAUAUUAAAAAUGUCGUACGGAUGUUGGUUAAUGAAAAUGAAGUUAAGCAGUGGAAAGAACAAGCAGAAAAAAUGAGAAAAGAGCACAAUGAGUUACAACAGAAACUGGAAAAGAAAGAGCGAGAAUGCGAUGCCAAGACCCAGGAGAAGGAAGAGAUGAUGCAGACCUUGAAUAAAAUGAAAGAGAAACUUGAAAAGGAGACCACUGAGCACAAGCAAGUGAAGCAGCAGGUGGCAGACCUCACGGCCCAGCUCCACGAGCUCAGCAGGAGGGCCGUCUGCGCUUCACUCCCCGGUGGAGCAUCGCCUGGAGCCCCCGGGGGGCCCUUUCCUUCCUCUGUGCCCGGACCCCUCCUCCCUCCCCCACCACCCCCACCUCUGCCCGGUGGAGCGCUUCCUCCUCCACCCCCUCCCCUCCCCCCAGGGGGCCCUCCCCCUCCCCCAGGGCCUCCUCCCUUGGGAGGAGUCAUGCCACCUCCUGGUGCCCCCCUGGGUCUGGCACUCAAGAAGAAGAACAUUCCUCAGCCCGCAAACGCCCUGAAAUCCUUCAACUGGUCUAAGCUGCCUGAGAACAAACUGGAAGGAACAGUGUGGACCGAAAUUGAUGAUACAAAAGUCUUCAAAGUUCUAGAUCUUGAAGACCUAGAAAGAACUUUCUCUGCUUACCAAAGACAGCAGAAAGAAGCAGAUGCCAUUGAUGACACACUGGGCUCCAAACUUAAAGUCAGAGAGCUUUCGGUGAUUGAUGGUCGGAGAGCUCAGAAUUGCAACAUCCUUCUAUCGAGCAUGAGAGUCCAGCGUCCCUCACAGCGCCCAGAAAGAGGCUGUCUGGAAGGUGUGACGCUCCAAGCCACCAGGGACCCUGCCUUUGACAGACUUGAGAAGUUGAAACUAUCCAACGAUGAAAUCAAACGGGCAAUUCUAACCAUGGAUGAGCAGGAAGAUCUGCCCAAGGACAUGUUGGAACAGCUCUUGAAAUUUGUUCCUGAAAAAAGUGACAUUGAUCUGUUGGAAGAACAUAAACAUGAACUGGAUCGGAUGGCCAAGGCUGAUAGAUUCCUUUUCGAGAUGAGCAGAAUCAAUCAUUAUCAGCAAAGACUGCAGUCGCUGUACUUCAAAAAGAAGUUUGCAGAGCGUGUGGCAGAAGUGAAGCCCAAAGUGGAAGCAAUUCGUUCUGGUUCAGAAGAGGUGUUUAGGAGCAAUGCCCUGAAGCAGUUGCUGGAAGUGGUUUUGGCAUUUGGAAAUUACAUGAAUAAAGGCCAAAGAGGCAAUGCAUAUGGAUUCAAGAUAUCCAGCCUAAAUAAGAUUGCUGACACAAAAUCCAGUAUCGAUAAGAACAUUACACUUUUGCACUAUCUCAUAACUAUUGUGGAAAAUAAAUACCCCAAGGUUCUCAAUCUAAAUGAGGAGCUGCGGGACAUUCCUCAAGCAGCAAAAGUAAACAUGACUGAGCUGGACAAGGAAAUAAGCACCUUGAGAAGUGGCCUGAAAGCAGUAGAGACGGAGCUGGAAUAUCAGAAGUCUCAGCCCUCACGGCCUGGAGAUAAGUUUGUGUCUGUUGUCAGCCAGUUCAUCACGGUAGCCAGUUUCAGCUUCUCUGACGUUGAAGAUCUUCUAGCAGAAGCUAAAGACCUGUUUACUAAAGCAGUGAAACACUUUGGGGAAGAGGCUGGCAAAAUACAGCCAGAUGAGUUCUUUGGCAUUUUUGAUCAGUUUCUUCAGGCUGUGUCAGAAGCCAAACAAGAGAAUGAAAACAUGAGAAAGAAGAAGGAGGAAGAAGAGCGCCGAGCUCGAAUGGAGGCUCAGCUCAAGGAACAACGUGAAAGGGAACGGAAAAUGAGGAAAGCAAAAGAGAACAGUGAAGAAGGCGGAGAGUUUGAUGACCUGGUUUCCGCUUUGCGCUCAGGAGAAGUGUUUGACAAAGACCUUUCUAAACUGAAACGGAAUCGCAAGCGCAUUACCAACCAGAUGACGGACAGCAGCCGGGAGAGACCAGUCACAAAACUUAAUUUCUAAUUUCCCUUGAAUACUUUUUUAGAAAGCUCAUUAGCGGCCCUUUGAAGUGACUAGAACUUUUCAUUACACUGCCUUGCAAUCCAAACAGUGGCAAUUUCUCCUUUCAUCUGCGAGUGAAUGAGUGAAUGUGUGUGUAUGUACAUGUAUGUGUGUGUAUAUAUGAAGAAAUGUAUAUAGAAAUCUGAGAGUUGUCUGGAGACCUAUAUGUUUGGUUAAAAAAAAAAAAUCUAUGUUUAUGUAUGUGCUCAGAACCCAUUUGUGUAUAUGCAUUCAUAUUGAGUGUGGCUCAUCUUCUUCCCCUGAACACCAUGACUGUUCAGAAGCACAAUACUAUCUCCUCAAAGAGAUACAGAGACAUUCCCUAGAGUAAAAAGAAAAAAAAUAAAGCUUGAGAAAUAUUUUAUGGUUUCCAAGCUUGAUAUACUUUGAAAUUAUUUUCACUGGUGAAACUGGUGUUGGAAAAAUAUAGAUUUAAAAUGGUUUUUGAUAGUUGACAGUAUGAUGCUGGUGCAUCGCAUCAGUAGUUGAUAGGACCAGCUUAGAAUUUCUGACAUUGAUGUGGGGAUGCAGUCUGUAAAUGUUUAUUGAGAACAUCUGGCACAAAAUCUGAAUUAUGUAGAAUGUCAAUCAGAGUUCUUUUAUAUGUUUAAAACUUGGACAUCAAUUUUUCCCCCCUAAUUUCAUCGAGUUCUCUGCCAAGCACUCUUAAUGAUUUCUUUACAUUGCUUUUGGAAAGAACACUAUCUAAAUGCAAUCCAUGCUCUUGUUAAAGAACAAAAUUACCAUAAUGUGCUUGUUUUCCUAACAAUAUAGACCUAUAAACUCUAAAAAUAAAAUUUCCCACCCAAGACUUACAAGGAGGAAUUCUCUGAAAGGAUAAAAAUUAUUUUAAAAAAAAUUUUAUGGGGUGCAUUUUUUUUUUUUUUUUUUUUGGUAUUUUCUGUUUUGUAGGACAAGCUGCAUCUUCUGUAAAUAUAGGUCUGGACUAAAGGACAUUUAGUGAAUGCACAAAAUGUCAACACCACCAACAGAGAUGCCAAGAGCUAUUUAUCUCUAAGUAUGUUUGAUGUGAUUUGCUGUUUAUAUGUUGUCAUUUUAAGUUGUGUGUCAGUAACGCUACCUGUAAAAUUUCAGUCCAAAAGAUAAAGCUCUCAGGGAGAAAUGAAUAAAAACAAUGAACAUUAGAAAAUAAAAUAUAGAUGCUUACCAUUAACCUACCAACUCUUAAUAUCCUUAAAUUAUAUGAUAUAUAAAGAGGACUGUUACUUUUUUUUUUUUGCUUUGCUUUAUUUAUUAGUAGUGGGGGAGGGGAGCUAAGGUUCUCUGUUUUCUUUCCAUUGAUCCUGUUGUGGUUGGGUUUCCUGUGGAGAGAGUAGUUUGUCCUAUUGCACUAGAACAUUAUUUACUCACUAAAUUGAGUUUUUCAGUCAAUUAACAAAUAUUUAUUGAAACACCUACUAUGUGCCAGGCAUAGUAGGGCUACAGUGGUAAGCAAGACAGAGCCCCUGCCCCCAAGGAGCUUAUGCUCUAAUGGGGACAGUUAAGGGGCAAACAGAAUACCGAUGCGUGCGCUGUACAGGAAUUGUGCUAUUUAAAAAUAAUUUGUAUAAACUAUAAUGCCUAGCGCAGAUGGCAAGGUCUCUGCGCUACAUGAAAGCUGUGAAAUAGCGCUCUAAGAGUUGGCAAGAGCCGUGGUUUUACGUUUUUUCCCCCUCACUGCAAACUUAGCAACUUUCUACACAUUAUAUGGAUGACUCUAGCAAAUAAAACAGUCACAAAUACACAGCAGACGUCGCGCUCCCCCAGCUCCUAUGUACCAAGGUCUGCAAGUACACCACAUUAAAGGUGCAGACGAGACUUUGCUCAAAAAAGCUUGGAGGUGAGAAGGAGUGGGAUGUGCUAUGUCUGUUCCUUAACUAAAGUGCCUCUAUAUAUAUUCUUUUCUAUUUAGAGCAGGAGAAAUUUGAUCUGGCUCAAGUUUGGAACUGUCUUUUGAAAAUGGCUUUGUUUUACAGUUUAAGGAAUGGACAAGUGGAGGGAGAGUCACAUAAAGGAGCAAGUGUGUGUAGCAUGUUCCUCUCGCCCUUUUUCAUCAUCCUCAUUUUGAUAUGGCCAUCCUGGUAGGCCUUCUUUGCCAUUUCCAUUUUUCGUUUCUUUCCCAGAAAGCUGUGUGCAGGUAAUUCCAUGUGCCAUUGUUGGAAAAAAAAACCCUACUUUUUAGAUUGGUGCUGGUGUAAGUAGCCACUUUUUCCUCUCUUGGGUGUGUAUUUUAAAAGUUUUUUGUUUGUUUGUUUUUUUAAAUUAAUGCCAAAAAGAAAAAGCAUUAUAAUUUGUAAACUUAAUUGUAUGUCUUGUAUCUUAUUAGCUUAGUAGUUGGAACCACUUAGUCUUUAGGCGCGAGACUGUUGUUAUAGUACCAAGAAAAAAUGUUGUGUUAUGAGACUGUAAAUUUUUUUAAAUAGCAACAUGCAAUAAAGAGAUGAAUUCAUUAGGUGUUA